AUGGGCACAGGCAUUGACUCGACGGGACAGUCAGUCCCAAUUGCGCCUCCAUCUCGGGAAGCUGUGGCUGCUGACGCCCUUGGCGCUUCUCACUCACAAUCUAUUUCGCAGAUACAACGGCACGUCGGAUCUUCAGCUCGAGAGGAUCAAUGUCUACUUCAACGAGGUCGGUCACCGUUCUCCCCCAAAUUAUGGUACAAAGCGUAAACGACUAACAACGCACUGGUGUACGCUCGCAAGGCCGGCGCGCAAAAAUACGUGCCCCGUGCGGUCCUCGUCGACUUGGAGCCUGGUACCAUGGACGUCAUCAAGGCGUCCCCUCUCGGAAACUUGUUCCGACCCGACAACUUUGUGUUUGGGCAAUCCUCGGCGGGAAACAACUGGGCCAAAGGUCACUACACCGAGGGUGCCGAACUCGUCGACCAAGUCAUGGACGUCGUUCGAAAGGAGGCGGAAGGAUGUGACUGCUUGCAGGGCUUCCAGAUCACGCACUCGUUGGGAGGUGGAACGGGAUCGGGUAUGGGCACACUGUUGAUCUCCAAGAUCAGGGAAGAGUUUCCCGAUCGGAUGAUGGCAACGUUCUCUGUCGUGCCUUCGCCCAAGGUCUCGGACACUGUAGUCGAGCCUUACAAUGCCACUCUUUCCAGUAAGCUGAGAUUGAAAGCUUCACUAGACCUGUGGGUCAUGCUACUGACCGUUGUGUACGGCUCGAACAGUUCAUCAAUUGGUGGAAAAUUCUGACGAGACAUUCUGCAUCGACAACGAAGCCCUCUGUGAGUCAUGCCAUCAACUCCUUCUGGAGUGACAGCACACAACUGACGCCCUAAGAGGAUAUGGAACUCAAAGACGACAUUUGCUUCCGCACGCUCAAGCUAUCGGUACCGACCUAUGGCGACCUGAACCACCUCGUUUCCGUCGUCAUGUCGGGUAUCACGACCUGCCUCCGCUUCCCCGGUCAGCUCAACUCGGACCUCCGCAAGCUCGCGGUCAACAUGGUCCCGUUCCCUCGAUUGCAUUUCUUCCUCGUCGGUUAUGCCCCCUUGACCGCGCCGGGAUCCAAGAACUUCCGCGCCGUCUCGGUCGCCGAGCUGACGCAGCAGAUGUUCGACGCCAAGAACAUGAUGGCCGCUUCGGACCCUCGCAACGGUCGCUGUGAGUUGCCUGCGGACUCGAUAUGAUUGACCCUAGAUCUUGAAAACUGAUCAGAGGCUCACACGCGUGCAGACUUGACCGUGGCCGCUUACUUCCGCGGCAAGGUCUCGAUGCGCGAAGUGGAGGACUCGAUGCUCUCGGUCCAACAGAAGAACUCGGCCUACUUCGUCGAAUGGAUCCCUUCCAACGUCCAAACCGCAGCUUGCGACGUCGCGCCCAAGGAAUCCAAGAUGGCCGUCACCUUCGUCGGCAACAGCACCUCGAUCCAGGAUCUGUUCAAGCGCGUCGGCGAUCAGAUGUCGGCCAUGUUCAAGCGUCGCGCUUUCUUGCAUUGGUACACCGGCGAAGGCAUGGACGAGCUCGAGGUACGUCAAUUGAUGAUCUCGAACGUUGUGUUCCAAAUCUGUCUCUCGAUCUGAGCUGAUGUGCGGUUUUGGGUGUGAUCGGAACAGUUCUCGGAAGCCGAGUCCAACAUGCAGGAUCUCGUCGCCGAAUACUCGCAGUACGAGACGGCCGGCCUCGACGAUGAAGAGGAGGCUGUCGAGGAGGAGCAGUACGCUCCCGAGGAGUAG